CAUAAGUGCGCCGCGCUCCCGCAUCCGAGUUUCAGUUGGAGAAAGGACAAAGUGCCCAAACACACAGAAAAACUCCAGCUGAAGCGACUGAGAUCCAAGUGACACUAUUAUAAAGAUGGAGUUUAUUAAAGAGGAGAGUAAAGACGUGAAGAUUGAAGAAACAUUCAGAGUCAAACAAGAAGACACUGAGGAACAAACAAAGAUUAUGCUUAUUAAAGAGGAGAGUAAAGAUAUGAAGACUGAAGAAACAUUCAGAGUCAAACAAGAAGACACUGAGGAACAAACAGAUCUGAUGGUGCUGAAAGAGGACCGUCAAGAACUGAAUGAUAUGGAAGAGAAAGAUCAUUAUUUCAUAAGUGGAGAAAAACAUUUUGGCUGCUCACAGACUGACAAGUCUUCCUCAAGAAAAAAGGCACAAAAUACAAGAAGACGACACUUCUGCCAACAGUGUGGAAAGAGUUUCAGUCAAAAAGCAAAGAUCAAAACACACAUGAGAGUUCACACAGGAGAGAAGCCUUAUGGCUGCCAACAGUGUGGAAAACAUUUCAGUAAAAAAGAUUAUCUUAAAAUACAUGUUAGAAUUCACACUGGAGAGAAGCCUUACACAUGUCCUCAGUGUGGAAAGAGUUUUACUCAACUUGGAAACUUUAGACUCCACAUGAGUGUUCACACCAGAAAGAAGCCUUACAAAUGCCAACACUGUGGAAGACGUUUCAGUCAGAAAAGAAACCUUAAUUACCACAUGACAAUUCACACUGAAGAGAGUCUUUUCACCUGCCAACAGUGUGGAACAACUUUCACUCACAAAGGAAGCUUUAACAGACACCUUAGUAUUCACAAUGUAGUGCAGCGUUACACCUGCCAACAGUGUGGAAAGAGUUUUGAUCAAGAUCAAAACCUUAAAGUCCAUAUGAAAUCUCAUAAAGAGAAAACCUACACAUGUUCUGAGUGUGGAAAGAGUCUCAGUCAAAAACGGACCUAUAUAGACCACAUGAGAAUUCACUCUGGAGAUCAACCCUACAGAUGCACUUCGUGUGGAAAGGGAUUCAAUUACAAACAUCACCUUGAAGAGCACAUAAGAAUUCACACUGGAGAGAAGCCUUUCACCUGCCAGCAGUGUGGAAGAAGUUUUACCCGAAAAGGAAACCUUAACAAGCACAUGAGAACUCAUACAGCAGAAAAGCCGUUUACAUGUGGUCACUGUGGACAGGGUUUCAAAAAUAAAGCAGCACUUAUGAACCACAUGAAUUUUCACAUAUGAAAGAACUGUAAUUUAUGUCAUGAAUGUGGAAAGGUUCACAGUCUGGAAACAUCUCAAGAAUCAUUGCAAAAACAAUGUUCAAAAUACCUGAUUGUUGGAUUUAGGCCAUGCUUAUUACCUACAAUCACCUAAAGGAUUAUUAGGAAUACCAUACUAAUACUGUGUUUGACCCCCUCUCUCCUUCAGAACUGCCUUAAUUCUACGUGGCAUUGAUUCAACAAGCUGCUGAAAGCAUUCUUUAGAAAUGUUGGCCCAUAUUGAUAGGAUCGCAUCUUGCAGUUGAUGGAGAUUUGUGGGAUGCACAUCCAGGGCAUGAAGCUCCUUUUCCACCACAUCCCAAAGAUGCUCUGUUGGGUUGAGAUCUGGUGACUGUGGGGGCCGUUUUAGUACAGUGAACUCAUUGUCAUGUUCAAGAAACCAAUCUGAAAUGAUUCGAGCUUUGUGACAUGGUGCAUUAUCCUGCUGGAAGUAGCCAUCAGAGGAUGGGUACAUGGUGGUCAUAAAGGGAUGGACGUGGUCAGAAACAAUGCUCAGGUAGGCCAUGGCAUUUAAACGAUGCCCAAUUGGCACUAAGGGGCCUAAAGUGUCCCAAGAAAACAUGCCCCACACCAUGCCGCCACCACCAGCAGCCUGCACAGUGGUAACAAGGCAUGAUGGAUCCAUGUUCUCAUUCUGUUUACGCCAAUUUCUGACUCUACCAUCUGAAUAUCUCAACAGAAAUCGAGAGGCAACAUUUUUUCCAGUCUUCAACUGUCCAAAUUUGGGGAGCUCGUGCAAAUUGUAGCCUCUUUUUCCUAUUUGUAGUGGAGAUGAGUGGUACCUGGUGGGGUCUUCUGCUUUUGUAGCCCAUCCACCUCAAGGUUGUGCGUGUUGUGGCUUCACAAAUGCUUUGCUGCAUAGCUCUGUUUUAACGAGUGGUUAUUUCAGUCAAAGUUGUUCUUCGAUCAGCUUGAAUCAGUCGGCCCAUUCUCCUCUGACCUCUAGCAUCAACAAGGCAUUUUCGCCCACAGGACUGCCACAUACUGGAUGUUUUUCCCUUUUCACGCCAUUCUUUGUAAACCCUAGAAAUGGUUGUGAAUGAAAAUCCCAGUAACUGAGCAGAUUGUGAAAUACUGACAUAUAUUUUGAACGCUAUUGAUGUGUCGCACAGUUUAAUCGUUAACGAUUUUUUAUUAUUAUUGAUGUGAAAACCCUGUAUUUUUUAAUCUCUUGAAUUAUGUACAAAAUGUUUCAUGAUUAAACAUCUGUUCACACUA